UUAGUUGCGUUUGUUGAAUGCGAGCGUCUCGUAUGUCAUGUUUAUUGGCAACAACCGGCAUUUUUCCGUUCAUCGGCACGCUGAAUGAGUUUAAUCGUUAACUCGAGGUGAUUAGACGCGUCUUGGCGCGUUUAGUACCGCUCGAAAGGCUGCACGGGGAGUUUUAACACAUUUGCGUCCAUACGUAUACACAAACUCACGCGUACGCAGCUGAAGUUGGAGUAUUUCGAUUAAAACACGACGAAGGCAUGUUAUUGCAGAUUAUACAACAUAGAGGAUGAAUCGUGUUCAAGUGGAUUUUAAAGGGUUGCCACCCCAUAUAUUAGAGAAUAGCGUCAGAUCUGAAACACUGCAGAAUCUCAGGUCCACGGACAGUGUCAUCACUCCUUUGACAUUCCCAAAAUCUAAAGUCUCUCUUUGGGAUCCCACUCCCAAUGGUGAUGUUGUGAGUUUACAUUUUUCAUAUUACAGAAAUCCGAGACUGCUACUUGGUGAGAAAGCGUUACGUUUAGCUCAUCGCCAUGCCAGACAAAGCAACAAGCCAUCGUUUUCCUGUUUUCUGCUUGGAACGUUGGCGGUGGACAGCGAUGAGGAAGGUGUGACGAUUACUCUGGAUCGUUUUGAUCCAGGCAGAGAGCAGACGGGAUGCCCUGGGAAAGCACCAACCGCCCUCCUCCCUGGAGAAACCAUCGUGCCAUGUGUUUUUGAAUCCCAGCAUGCUACUGGCAGGACAGUGCACUCGAGGGAGGACUUUAACAUCAGUUUUAAGAUGCUCCAACACUGUUGCUGCAGUAAAGAGACGCUUGAGGUAUCCAAACUCCUUACCUUGCGUGCCCGUCUCAGCUGCUCCGAAAACAUGGACAGGCUCACCUUUGACCUGUCUUGGGCAGCGGUCACCGUGGCGUGCUCGCUGGAUGCAGUCCCUGUCCGGGCAGUGCCUGUUAUACCGACUGCUCUUGCCCGGAACCUCAGCAGUUCGGCAGGUGUGGGUCAAAAUUGCAGGAAACGUGGAUUUCUUACCAUGGAUCAGACCCGCAAACUACUCCUCGUACUUGAAUCUGAUCCAAAGGCUUAUAUUCUUCCACUAGUAGGAAUAUGGCUAAGUGGCGUAACGCACAUCCAUAAUCCCCUGGUGUGGGCGUGGUGUCUGAGGUACCUGUACAGCUCCACCCUCCAGGACAAAGUGAUGUCAGAGCGAGGGGCUUUCCUGGUGGUUUUGUAUUCUCUGACGCAUCGGGAUCCAGAGUUUUACCAGUGUAAACCAUGCGCCGGACAGCAGCAAAUGACUUUUCAGCUGCUCAGCAGCACUGAGUCAAUCACACUCUACAAGAAUGUAGAGCCUUCAGAGGGUCGACCAUUACAGUUUGAACUUAGUGCUGAGAACCAGAAUCAGGAAACUGUGCUAUUUGAGGAAGUGGUGUCUCGGACUGUGUUAACAGGGGGGGCUCUCACUGCAUCCUCCGCUACCUCUCAGAAUAAACUGUCCAUCAGUGAUCAUGACUCAGGUGUAGAAGAUGAAGAUCUCUCUCCUCGGCCAUCUCCAAACCCCCACCCUGUCAGUCAACAGACCAAGAGAGUACAUCCUUCAGUACCAGAGCUUUCUAUGGUAUUAGAAGGCAGCUUUUCAGAUACAAGUGCUGUACAUGUGCACGACUUAACUCCUCUCCAUAGUAGAUCGAGUUCAUCAGGUGGCCAGAGAAGAAGCAUUAGCCCUGCCCAGCAGAGCCAAUCAAGGCUAAAACCUCCAGAACAAAGUAGCAUUGCUGGACCGCCCCCUAUACGAAGACCACUUACUCCCGUCCUCUCCCAGCCAAAACACAAAUUACAGUCUAAUUCAGGACAGCAAACACCAAAAACCAUCAUGAGUCGGAGAUCCCAGCCCUCUGUUAAUAGAAGAUCAACGACUGGUUCCUCAGCAUCAUCUGUCUCAUCCUCCUCGUCUUCCUCACCAAAAAACGGCUCUUCACCCAAUGACUCAUUUCAUCAACAAAGGCCACAUUUGCAAAUUCUUCCAUCCAAACCUCAACCAGCCAUCUAUCAGGGACCUCCGUAUUCAGGUCACAGCAGCUCUAGAAAGACCCCCACCCAUCAUCCUUCUCAACACAGACUCUUCCACAGUACCCCAGCCUCUAACCCAUGUGGCUGUUGCACCAACCAAUCGACACCAAGCCACAUGCCCAUGUCUCAAAACAACACCUGGCAAGGGAUUUCAGCUUAUCCCACCAAUGUGCACAUGGGCAUCAACAAUCCUAGCGGACCUUAUUGUGGCACUGAGAGUGUCGCACAUGGAGAAAGCUACUUGUCCCCUUCACUGCCAUCUUUGGCAUGUCACAUGUCCCCAUCACGAAGUCCUGUUUGCCAUGGAAAUGUUCCGGUCCAUUAUUCUCAAUCGCAUGGUCAUUGUCUUCCUGCAGCCAGAGGUUCUGAGCAAGUGGCCACUUCCUGUCAAGCCCAGUGCUGCCAGGUCCAACCAAACCAUGCAGCAUGUUCGGACACCUUGAGUGGUUCUGUUGGUAUGCUCCCUGCUGAUGCCUACAGGAUGAUUAAGGAUCAAGAGCACCAGUUGAAGUUACUUCAACUGCAGAUUCAGAAACUCCUUGAGUCGCAGAGCAAGACGCCUUCAGAGAAAGACUGGCAGCAGGAGAGGAGUAAUGAGACGCCAACAUCUCCAGAACGACCAAAAAGUGUCAGUGUUGCUGUUGGAACAGGUGCCAGUUUGUUUUGGAACGGGCCCCCGGAUGCUUCCACACAUGAGGUCUCUAGUCUGGAAUGGCAAACCGAGUCGGAGCCGAAGUCUGGAGGUCAAAAUGAGGGUACAGUCACAUCUAGACUCAGAACUGAAAACACAUGUCAGUACUUGGAAGAGCAAAGGUCAGAGUCUCUGCUACAGCCAACAUCUCCAGUACAUGAUACAUCAUCUGGCUUUGGAGCACAUUCAUUUCAGAGUCCAGUGCUGGGAGAAAGCGCUAGCAUGUGUUAUCGUUCGCAGUCGAAAGACCUUUCUGAGAGCAGAGAAAUGGAUGACCCAAGAUUUUAUCAGGAACUACUGGGUCAGGUUAGAAGUCGUCUCCAAGACUCUGGUGAAGAGAAUAAAGUGGACCAGGACCAACACCAUGUCCAAAACAGACAAAGUUUGUCUCCUGUGGGAUGUCAGUCAAGAAAUUCACCAUCCACCCCUUCUGCACCCCAAUCUCAGACCGUAAAGCAGAAAGGCAGUCCUCGAAAUAAAGACAGAGUCCUAAAUGCCACUCUUAGACAACUCCAACAGUUUGGGGUGAAUAUGGAGCUCGACUCAACACAAGAAAAGGCCAACCGGUCAACUGUGGAAAGUGCCAGCACCCUUGCUUGCAUAAACCCUGAAGCAGUGAUUCAAAGACUGGCUCUUUCUGAACCAGUGGGUACCAGCAUUUGGGGUUCUAGUGGCAGUGUCGACCUCAGUCUCGAGGCCAAUGCUAUUGCACUUAAGUACCUGAGUGACACACAACUGUCUAGACUGUCCUUAGGAGGUCUGUCCAGUGGCCAUCUUAUGGAUCCAAGUGCAAUACUCCUGAGAAGAUCUGCUGCUGAAAGGAGUAGCGUCGGACUGAGUAUAUUGUCUCCUAGCAAUAUGUCUCUAGCUACCUGUAAAUAUAUGAAGAAGUAUGGACUAAUCGAAAGAGAAAACAGCAGCGAGGAUGAGCAAGACGCCGACGUCCAGAUGGACUCUGCAAUUGGGUGUUCUGUACAGCAUGAGACUUCAAAGAACGUGAGCAUUCAGGAAGAACUUGAAGAAAGUGUGGUUCUCAAAAACAUUAUAAACAAGCCGCUUCAAAAAAUUGACAAUCUCAAGACGUCUCAUUUUGACUCUCAAGAACAGUUGAUUCGAGAUUUGCGUCCCAAAAUGCAGUUUCUUGCGAGGGGUAAUGCAAACUUUGAGAAGGAAAAUGAAGUUAAGAAUAUUCUGCCUCAGCGCCGGUCAUCGCUGUCGGAAAACCAGAGGAGGCAGGAAGUUGUGGAGCACCAGGGGUCGGUGGGAAAUUUUCUGGAUUUGAGUAGAUUACGGCAGCUUCCCAAACUCUUCUAAAAAAAUUGAUUUCUUGUAGAAAAGGAAUCUGAUGUUAAUAACCUCACCGAUACCUCCUCUUCUGAAGUCUCUGAUUUUAAUUUUUUUAAAUGUAUAAACUAUUUUUUGUUUAUAGUAAUUUUAUUUUUAUUUUUUGUUGUUUGUAACUUUCAUGUUUUGUUUAGCUCAAAGGUGUCUAAAUGUUUUAUACGAUAACCUCAAGAAUCCGUGGUGUCAUGUACAUUCAUUGAGGGAAGCACCUUUUAGGAAGUGACUCAUAGGGGUCAAUGUUUUUGUAUGAUGACUUUUGAUGAAAGGGAAAGAUGCCACAUUUUGUUUUUAACAAAUUUUGUGUUUUAUUUUUUUAAAUGCCUUUAUAUAUACAUGUAUUUGUUUGUCUCUAAUUAAAUCGAAUGAUGUAUUGUGUUUGUAA